AUGAAUAUCGUAAUUGUCGGAGCUGGCAUCGCUGGUCUAGCCUCAACACUGGCUCUCACCAAAUGGCUCCCGGAAAGUCCACACAUUACUGUUGUUGAAGUCCGCCCACAGCCGUCAACAAUCGGCGGCGCUGUUGGACUGACGCCGAAUGCCCUGCGUUGCCUGCACCACCUUGGAGCGCUACCACGGAUUCGAGCAAGGGGGGUGGGGACGGACAUAGAUAAGAUCGAGCUGUUCACAAUCUACACUGGCGCCAGACUUGGUGAGAUCACCUUCACCGGCGAGGGUGGUGUCGGAGUUGGCGACCCUGCCUUCAAGGGACUCAGAAUCCUACGCGCAGACUUGGUCCAGUCACUUACAGAGACUGUCAAGGCACUGGACAACGUCAAGCUGGAGUAUGGCUGCAAACCAGUCCAGAUCGUUGAGGCGGGUGAGAAGGUGACAGUCCAGCUAGACGACGGUCGAACACUAUGCGCGAAUCUGGUUCUUGGGUGCGACGGGAUACAUUCCUUCGUCAGAGCCAACCUUGUUGACGGCGAGAGGACACCACUAUACACCGGCAUAGCUGCAGUAUUUGGAUUUGCAGACCUGGAGGAGGGAGCAAAAGUUCCAUGGAAAGACACAGGACUGUGCCAGUCACAACGCGGCAGUCUCAUGACCACCUACUACGAGCCAACUAGGAAAAAACAGUUCGUGGCAGCCAUCACUGAGACCGCGGACGUUGCGUCGAGAGAAGGUUGGUUGGCCCGGGGCACAGAACAGAAGAGGAUUGAGCAGGAUGUAAAAGGUCGAUUUGGCGGCGGCGCCAUUGAAUUCCUCGAUCCCCUCAUCUCAGCAACAGGUCAUUGGACUCUCUAUCCCGUCUACAAACUCGCACCACGGGGCAACUGGUGCUCGAAACGCACGAUGCUCUUGGGGGAUGCCGCACACGCAAUGCCCCCUCAAGGCGAAAGUACAGCAUAUGCCUUGGAAGAUGCCAUCUUGUUUGCCCGAGCCAUGAGAUCCAAAUUGGAUUGUGGAUUGGACGAAGUCUUCCGCACAUAUCAAAACGUCAGGAGGGCAAACAUUGACAGGGCCUACGAUGAAGCCGCCUUUGGUUGGGAAACACAGAAAGACUGUGGCUGGUUCACGUUCCUGCUGAGAAGCUGGGGGACCAGCCUCUAUUUGUGGUGGACCGCAUCUGCAAGACAGAGGAGAUAUCGUGAAGAUGUCGCCACCAUGGCCCUGGGCUAG